CGGCCGCUCGAGGUGCUGGGGGACGCGUGAGCGCGAGCCGCUUCCUCACGGCUCGGCCGCGGCGCGUAGCCCCUGCCACAUCGGGCCUGGCUCUCCUCAGCCGCCGGCUAGGCUCGGUGCGCGCGGGGGUCUCGAGCUCACCGCCGACGGGGCGGGGUUACAUGGCGCGCGGGGAGGGGGGAGAGGAGAGCCUAGGUGCCCUCCUCUCCCCUCCCCCCGGCGGCGGCGCGCGCACGGCCCUCGCCGGCCUCACCCCUCAGCACCCCGCCCGUCUGCUCUUCACCGCCCAGGCCCUGCCGGGUCGCCGCAGCCUCGGCGCCCCACCCCCUCCCGGGCCAGCGGGGGGCUGGGAGGGGGCGAGGAGGAAGGGGGUUCUCCUCUCCCCUCCCCGGAGGGGGCCGCAGCGGCGGCUCCGGCUCCUCCUCUCCCUCACACCCCCUCCCGCCCCUCUCUACCUGCGGGGGACACGGGCAGGAGGAGGCGGCGCGCGGACCGGGCCCGGCGACAACUGUCAGUUAGAAGCCCCGCUGGGCGGUGGUGGGGGGAGAAAGGGGAGGAGCAGGGAGAGAAGGGGGAGGGCACUCAGCCCCCCGACUGGGAAGAGCUGUGGAGAGAAGCAAAGAAAGAGGCCCCGUCGCCAUCCCCGAUGCGCAUGCGUAGCAGAACAAUUUCUUCCCCCUCCCGCCACCAUCGCGCCCCGCCCCGCUACGCAAAAGGAAGAGCUUCGGCUCAGCUACAGGCCCAGAAGCCUGCUAGGGUUGCGCGGACCAAUGAUGUAAUCAAUCGUAGGCGAAGCUUAGAGGCUGAUG